UGUAAACAACAACUACCGUGUUCCACCGGUCAGUUACUUAUUAGAAAAUAAAGCCAAUUCUGACGUUGAGGAUACCUCUCAGGUAUAAAAAAAAUCAAGUAUUGGAUGUGGCAUAGAUUUGGCCAGCGAGCGAUGACGUCAGCAGCAGGCCUCGGUCCGGUAGGCCGCCGCAUCGCCGACAAGCUGGCGAAGUCGGUGGCGGGCGGCGGGCAUGUGGCGGUGGUGGACGAGAGCCACAUGCACAACGUGCCCCGGGGGGCGGAGACUCACUUUAAGGUGCUGGUGGUGAGCACCCGCUUCCAGGGCAUGCCACUCAUCCAGCGCCACCGCCUCGUGAACGACGUCCUGGCGGAGGAGCUCGCCUCAGGAGUGCACGCGCUGUCCAUCCUGGUGGGUGGGGGUUCGGGGGCUGGUGCUUUCGCUGGCGGGUGGGGGUUGGGGGGCUGGUGCUGGCGGUGGUCGGUGGUGUGA